UAUAUAACAGCAGACUGUCACUCGCUGUAAGGGAGGCAUAAUGGCACAGAAAGGAGCUCAGCUGGACCAGGACGCUAUUUGCUGUUCGAUAUGUCUGGAUGUACUUAAGGAUCCUGCGACUAUUCCCUGUGGACACAGUUUCUGCAUGAAUUGUAUUCAAACCCACUGGGACAAAGAGGAUGAGAAGGAAGUCUACAGCUGCCCUCAGUGUAGAAAGAGCUUCACACCGAGGCCUGUCCUGCUGAAAAGCAUCAUGUUAGCAGAUUUAGUGGAGAAACAGAAGAAGACUGGACUCCAAGCUGCUCCUGCUGAUCACUGCUAUGCUGGAGCUGAAGAUGUGGCCUGUGAUGUCUGCACUGGGAGAAAACUGAGAGCCUGUAAGUCCUGUCUGCAGUGUUUGAUCUCUUAUUGUGAGGAACACCUCCAGCCUCACUAUGAAUCUCCUGCCUUUGGAAAACACAAGCUGGUGGAGCCCUCCAAGAAGCUCCAGGAGAACAUCUGCUCUCGUCACAACGAGGUGAUGAAGAUGUUCUGCCGCACUGAUCAGCAGUGUAUCUGUUAUCUCUGCUCUGUGGACGAACACAAAGGCCACGACACAGUGUCAGCUGCAGCAGAAAGGACUGAGAGGGAGAGAGAGCUGGAGGGGAGUCGACAAAACAUCCAGCAGAGAAUCCAGGACAGAGAGAAGGAGGUGAAGCUGCUUCAGCAGGAGGUGGAGGCCGUCAAUGGCUCUGCUGAUAAAGCAGUGGAGGACAGUGAGAAGAUGUUCACUGAGCUGAUCCGUCUCAUGGAGAAAAGAAGCUCUGAUGUGAAGCAGCAGGUCAGAUCUGAGCAAAAAACUGAAGUGAAUCGAGUCAGAAAGCUUCAGGAGAAGCUGCAUAAGGAGAUCUCUUAUCUGAAGAAGAAAGACGCUACACUUGAGCUGCUCUCUCACACAGAGGAUCACACCCAGUUUAUUCAAAGCUACCCCUCACUGCCACCUCUCGGUGAAUCUACAGAAUCAUCCAGCAUCAACGUCCGUCCUCUGAGCUACUUUGAAGAUGUGAAAGCCGCUUUGUCAAAAUUCAGAGAUAAACUACUGGACGUCCUGAAAGAGAAAUGGACAAAUGUCUCACCGACUGAAGUGGAUGUGGACAUAUUACUGUCACAACCACAGCCCCAGACCAGAGCUGAAUACUUGAAAUACUCACGUAAAAUCACACUGGAUCCAAACACAGCAAGCGCACGUAUGUACUUAUCUGUGGGGAACCGAAAAGCAACUUCAACACUAGAACAAAGUUAUCCUAGUCACAUAGAAAGGUUCAUUGAUUGUUGGCAGGUCCUGAGUAAAGAGAGUCUGACUGGACGUUGUUACUGGGAGGUGGAGAAAGGUGUGGGAGGAAUUGCAGUGGCUGUAGCAUACAAAGACAAUGAAACUGUAAAUGAAAAAUUUGGAUAUAGUGACAAGUCGUGGGCAUUAGGUUUUUACAAAAAGUGUUAUGAUUUCAAACAUAACACUUUCACAACACCUGUCUUAGGUCCUAAGUCCUCCAAAGUUGGAGUUUACCUGGAUCAAAGUGCAGGAAUUCUGUCCUUCUGGAGCGUCUCAGAGGAAACCAUGACCCUCCUGCACAGAGUCCAGACCACUUUCACUGAGCCUCUCUACGCAGGACUUCGUCUUUAUGCUCCCAGUGGAAACACUGCUGAGAUGUUGUGAGCUUAAGAAGUUAUUGAGAGGAAAAGGGGCAAUCCUCAGAUACUAGACAACGUUUUUUUUGGUAAAUGCAAAGAGUGGUUGGCAUUUUGCAAAUCAUCAUUCCUGCAAUAUUUUUUCAGGAAAAUGCAACAAAUGUUUCCACAACUGAAGAAAACCCCAAACAUUUAAAGCACUGGACAUUGUUUACAAUUGUAGAUUUUAAAAUGACAAGGAAAAAUGCUGGAAAAUUCACGACACUACUAAUUAUACUAUUUUAUUUGCAGUAAAGGUCAAAUGUAAGUAGUAAUUGUUCCUAAAUGGUUCUGAAUUGAUGCAUUAAGAUGCUGUGCUCUUAUUGUUGUAUUCAUGUCUCUACACAUAUUGUAUAAACUGAUUGUGAGUUUAAAUAUUACCUAUUUUUAUUACAUUUUGCAUCUAAAAAAAAAAGCAUACUCCAUUUAAAUAAUCUUUUGUCAUAAUGAUGCAGUAAUUAAGUAAAUGAACUGUUGGUAAAAGGAUGUGUAUUAUAGCAUGCAUAGUGUUGAAGCAGUAUUCAAUUUGAAUACUUAUACUCAUUGGGUUAAUGUUUAACGUGGCUUCAAAUGAACUUUAAUCUUCCAUCCUGCUCACUGUGAGCUAUUUGCAGAUUUUAAAUUCCCCACCAGAGGUCCCUCUUUGCAUGUUUUCCACUAUAAAGAACUAAGGUGUGCUUUGGUGCCUUUAACUUUUCAGGGAGUCUUUUUUUAUUUAGAUCCCUUAUGUAAUGUUUUGUUUAUUGUCAAAGUCUUGAAAGGAAAUGCAAAUGAUGUAUCUUUUAUUACAAAUAUCAUCUUAUCUAACACUGAUGUAACUUUAAAAAUGAAGUGUAUUACAUUUUAUUCUCUAUUUGAACAUCAAUAUAACUUUUGCUGCAUGAUUUUAUUUUGUAUUUACUCACAUAUGCUUGUUAUUAUGUUCCUUGUUAUCCUUGGUUUAAGUUGGGAUCUUUAGGAUUUUGUUUGCUGUGAAUGCUGGGAUGUUUCAUCACAUCCUGACCUAGAUAGCCCUGGUGAAAUGUACAAUAUAAAUUGUGUUAAUAAAAUUACACAUUUAGAAGCA